UCAUGCUGCUGCCAGGUCCAGAGUCUCUCAUGGGUCCCUGUACGGCCUCCCAUUGCUGCUGUCUCCAUCGCCACACUCUGCCAUGUGCCACUUUCAGGUCUCCUCACACUCCUGCUGGUUUCCAUUUUGUCAUAGGGUGCUGGCAGAUUACGGGCCUCCCAUAGCUGCUGCCAGGCCCCUAAUCUGCCAUGGGCCCCUAUACCGCCUCCUCAUGCUGCUGCCAGGUCCAGAGUCUCUCAUGGGUCCCUGUACGGCCUCCCAUUGCUGCUGUCUCCAUCGCCACACUCUGCCAUGUGCCACUUUCAGGUCUCCUCACACUGCUGGUGUGUUCAAUUUUUUG